CAUGCGCGGCAGCUACAGUGGCCAUACGCAGUUAUAAUUUAUCGAUAUGAUGCAGAAAACAUUUCGUGAGAUACAUUUUCACUUCGACCUGUUUCAACAAGGAUCGAAAACGUUGGUUUCGAAUUUUGAAUGCCGUACAGUGUGUGCUCUAUGGAGGUGUUUUACUGGGUUACUGAGAAGGCAGAUUUGAGAUGACAGUCUCCACAACAAGUUAGCAUUUCCCACAAAUCUGUGAUUUGGACUUCGGAGUGUUGUGGUGUUACGGUUUCUGCUUGAUCAAGCGAUCAAAACAACGUCAUGGCUUUCCAGGCUCCGGACAAAAACAACAGACUUGCGGAUUAUUUUGUUAUUUGUGGACUUGAUCCAUCAGGUGGAUUGGAACUCGAAACAUUAUCUUCCGAUGAAGCGUAUGAAAAUCUGGCACCAUUGGAACGACCAUACAGGAGCCGUUUGCUGGCCCAUUAUCCGGAGGAUGUGGUGUGGAAUCCGUUUGACGAGAAGGCGAUUCGCAUGUUAUGCAUGCCUGCCGGUCUGACUUUCCGGACGGAAAAGCACAUAACCGGUCCCAAGUACCACACUUUCAUCGUGACGCGCGAAGACGGUAGCCGGUGUUUUGGUUAUGCCUUGAUUAUGUUUGAGGAGGUCAAGGACAGUAAUAUCUGCUGCGCGAUUAGGACACUGCAGGAAAUGCAUCUGGCUGAAGUGACAUUAAAACGGCACCAGUAUGUGGGAAAGGCAUCCUACACCAGCUCACUUCCCCGUUCAAUGAAGCUGGGCAGCCGCAAGUUGUCACUGGCGGAGGAUACCAGCGACGGUUCGCUCUACGAUAUGGCCAAAGAUAAAUUAUUCGUCAGCAAAUGCAUUGCAUAUGUCUCGCAGCAUCAGUUUAUGACCGCAUUCCGUUACUUGUUGCUAUCGCUGCACGAACGUUACCGAGCACCGGCACCGCAUGAACUGCCAGUGGAAAGUUACGUCUUCAACGUGCUGUAUGAAAUCUCCGCGCCGAACCUAGGGCAGAGCUCACGGUUUUAUUUUUACCCGGAUUCACAUUUUUUGCUGCAAAGACCAAGUGACCAAGAGAUUCCUUUAUUUGAAUAUUCACUGCGUGCAUUUUUCGGAUUAUUUGGAGUGGAUACUGCAGUGGAUCUUAUUACGUGCGCCUUGCUGGAGCAUCAGAUUCUCCUCUGCUCAAAAGAUCACUUUUUGCUCGUGCUGGUCGCGGAAUCUGUGACGAAUCUCCUUUUCCCAUUCUCAUGGCAGCAUGUUUACGUGCCGAUUCUUCCUGACUCAAUGCAGAUGUUUUUGGACGCACCGGUACCAUUUAUUAUGGGACUUCACCGGCGCGAUGUCAUUGGAGAUAUGCCACGCACUGAGGGCAAUGUUUGUUUUGUGGAUAUCGAUGCGCAGAAAGUGCGAAUGCCUGAAGAUAUUCCGUGCUUUCCGGAUCGAACAGAGUUCAUCCGUGAAUUGAAAGACGUGAUUAAGUGUUAUGGCGCGACACUCAAUAUCGAUUAUCUUCGCCAGCGAGUGCAACAUAAGGAUCGUGGGUUUCAACGGAAAUAUUCUUUGACAGACCUUACCGAAGCUGGUUGCUUUAAAGAUUCCGGUCAAACCAAGAAUGUUCCUCCUGUAACUCCGUAUCCUUCGAGAAUGAAAAUGGCACUGCAGCCAAAGAGCAAUAACUCAAAAGUGGGCUACCAGGGAGCUGUGGGUUCUUAUGGAGAUGAAAAUGGCGAGCGGUUGGCGGUAAAAAAGACAAGCAAACUGAAUGCCAUCGAACCUAGCACGCUUUAUGCUAUGUCGUAUGUGGAUGAUAUGAAAUUUAAUAAUGCAGUGCGCGAAGUUUUCGUCAACCGAUUUGUUCAGAUAUUUUAUUCGUAUGAACAUUUUGUUCUUCAUGCGGGAAAAGAUUUGGAAUCCUGGAAGAGCAACCGAGACAGCGUGCAUACUUUUGACAAGACGACUUUCCUUUCCGAUCAGCCAGAUACCCACGUGCCGUUUCUUUCACCGUUUCUUGAAACACAGAUGUUUGCUACAUUCGUGGACUGUAAAAUUUUGAGCUCAUUUGGCGAGAUCUCGUUGGCAGUCCGUGUGUUUGAUAGUCGGAUUGAGAAGCUGAAAGAUCAAGUUGGCGAUACUCUUGUCCGUGCUGUGAAGUAUCAGCCUUGUUCAACUGUUGAAAAAUCUGAAUCCGCUCUCAUCCAACGGGUGAAACGUCUCGAUACUGCCAGUCCGAAGCCGGGCAAGUUGACCAAUUUCCGAACGUUGGUGCCAGAUUGCGAUUAUCUGACCUUUCCGUUCCUCGAUGAGAAACUAAUGAAUCCGGAGUCUGAACCAACGAAGCGACUGGCCAUAAACACUAAAAAGAAAGAGAAUGCGUCACCUAAACAUGUUCCAUCAGAUCCUAAUAUGGCGCAAAGACUGAAUCGACCCAGAUUAAACACUUACUCAAGUGUCAUGGAAAUGACCCCUUCGAUGAUCGCAACUGAAAAUUGGGAUUUUGUGGAUAAAUUGCUGAAGGAAUGCAAAAUUAGGACGAAAAAGAUGUUGGUGGAAAAGCUGAGCAAGGAAGCUGUAGAGUUGGGCCAUAAUGAGGGUUAUGUAACCGGCGUAGAGGAAAACACUCAGAUUGCCAGUUUAUGUGAUUUGUUGGAACGUGUGUGGAGCCAUGGGCUAUACCUCAAACAAGGAAAGUCUUCCUUAUGGUCACAUUUGCUCUACUAUCAACAGCGGCACGAGCGCUCAGACAUUGGCAAAAGGCUAAGCGAUGUUGCAGAAACAUCUCCAGGAAUAAAUAGCACCAAGCCGCCUCAGUUUCCUCGUGCAUCCUCAGUGGAUGUUUCGGGAUUGAGUAGCGGCACACUUUCCAGGCUACAACGUUUUGUUGGUUCCGUUAAGUCACCAAAUGCCGAUCUCACGGCAGUUAAUGUAGAGCUGCAAUCACAUUCGAAUUUGGACAGUAGUCGAGGACGAUCAAUGGCCGACCGUGAUUUAGUUGCCGGCAAUGAUUGCACACCGUCGUUGAUAUUCGAUAUGAAAAAUGUGUUGGCCAUGCCGGAAUUAAAAAGCGCUCUGGGUUAUGCUCGUGCUUGGGUACGGCUCUCACUGGAAAAGAAGUUGUUGGCUAAACAUCUCAAAGAACUUUUAUCGGAUGGACAAUUACUGGAAACACUCUACAAGCGUUAUGCAUUUCUGCGUAACGAAGAUGAAAGGGAGCAGUUUUUAUACCAUUUACUGUCGUUGAAUGCGGUGGAUUUUUACUGUUUUACGAACACCUUUACGACAACUCUGGUCCCGUACCGCGUUAUCAUUAGUCCCAGCCGCAAAUACUCUUCCUCCGUUCCAUCGAGUUUUUGGAUAUGCACUGGAGGCACUCUUGGUGACUCGGGAAACGUUUCGGCUACGAAAAGCAACCUCCAGAUGGUCUUCCAGAGGAAAAACAUUGGUUUACUGACAACAGUUCGUAUCGGUUUGGACAAGACUGCAUUAAAUGUCAAAUGGCUAAUUGAUCACAUUAUCGUGCGCAAUGAAGUCACCGGACAUAUGGCCAAGUUUCCCUGUGGUCGAUGGUUGGGUCGGGGUGUGGAUGAUGGGAGCGUGGAACGCUUGUUAGUAGCCGAGUAUGCACCGACUAUUGGAGAAUCACAUAGCUCGGCUAACAUUAGCGAAUAUUCCACACUUCCACGCACACCGCAGCGCUGUCGCUCCCCGAGUGCCAAUCGGAAGUCGAAUGAACUGCGAUUCACUACGUCAGAAAUUCAGCAGAUGCUGGGAGAUUCAGCUAACAGUAUUGUUAAAUAUUUCUUCAAGCCUGACAAAGAGAGAGGCAGCAUGACCAUGCUGCUCUGCGGUGAAAUGGGAUUGAUUUUUUGUAUCGAACAAGCCUUAAUGCAUGGCUAUUCCCCAUUGAGGUUACUGCGUCAACCGUAUCUAUGGAGUGUUUUUGAAAAAACAGAUCAAUUUUUCCGAACGGAACUGCUUGGAAAAACACCGAUGACAGGCGAGCGCCAUGAAAACGUGCGCAUGUUCUGCCGCAGUAUUGGCAAAAUCAAUCGAUCGUUGCACUCGCUUGGCAAAGAUGGGAAAUUCCAAGUGUUUGCUGCUAUUUCGCUGCGAGAUCGCAUGCUGCACAAGUGGCUGGAAUUGAUCAGCACGUGCCCGAUCGUGGACACGAUGUAUGAGCGAGACAGUUUUAUUCGGGAUCCGAUUUUAUUUCGUUUCAUGAUUGCCAUUAUUCGAUCCUUGGACGAUUACAAGAUCGUCCUGGAGCCAUCCUUAACCAAGGGCAUUGAAUUGUGAUAACUUGGGACACCUUAAGUUGAUAAGAGCAUGUGUGAUUGAUUGCGGUUUGACCGAAUGAGGGGAUGCAUGUUUGGAUGUCAAACAUAUAGACAUCUGCCAAAGAUCUCUGCCAGUAUUGACUGUUUAAAUUUUUUAACACUUUUUGUGUGAGUUAACAUUUAUUUCAGCAUGUUACGUACAUGUUUACCGAAAAUGAGAAAAGUAUAAAUUAAACUUGACCUGUGCAAUGGAGAAGUUCAGUUAAG